AUGGAGCUACCAUAGCUAAUGGUGCCUAUGCCACCAGGAGCGUCUGACAUGGGCACGGCCAAGGCUAACCACUGGGCAUGGCUGCUGGUGCUCAGAUUCCUGUUUGGGUGCAGUGUCCUUCAGAUCCUACUCCCAUCCUUCUGUUUUAUGUCCAGGGUGCAGCGCAAAGAUGCAGAGCAGGAGUCGCAGAUGAAAGCAGAGAUCCAGGAUAUGAAGCAAGAGUUAUCCGCGGUCAAUAUGAUGGUCAAGUUUGCCAGAUCCGCCAGGCUGGAAAGAAAGAUCAACAAGAUGACGAAUAAGCUCAAAACUCAUGUGAAAGCACAGACAGCUCAAUCAGGAAUGAUAAAAUGGGUUAUAAGUGUUGCUUUCUACAAAUUGCCAGGUGCCAUCAUCAGGCUAUAA